UCCAGCUCCUCUUCCUCGUCUCUCCUCCGGCCCUCCUUUCUUUGCCACCGACGGCGGCCGUCCCCCGCCUCUCUUCUCCCCCUCCGCCGAGGCCGGCCGAGAUCGCGCGGCUUCAUUCUCCUUGUAAACCAUAAUCUCUUCCCGCCUCACCCUCAAUUUGACGGACGCAAACCCUCCCGGUCCAAUCCCCGCGAGCGGACCAGAUUUGGAUCCGGCUCGGCGAGAUGGAUCCCGAGGAGAGCGCUGCGCCGGUGCUGAACCAAGGGGAAGAGGCGGCGGAGGCAGCGGAGCCUGCGCCGGCAGAAGAAGAGAGGGCGCCGCCGGCGCAGGAAGUGCCGGCGGGGGAGGGCAGCCCGGCUAGCGGCGGCGAGGCGGCGGCGCGGGCCCACCCCGAGGAGGAGGAGGAGCUCGCGCGGCAGGUCAUGGAGGUCGGCCUCCAGAACGAGUACCUUAGGUCCCAGAUUGGCGGCGCCCGGCCGGCGGGCGGCGCGGACGAGGGCUCGGAGCUCGUCAGGGGCUUGAAGGAGCAGGUGGAGAAGCUGACCAGGGAGGUGCAGGAGCAGCGGCUGACGCGGGAGGCCACGGAGAAGGCCCUGGAGCACGUCAACGUGGCCUACGCCGAGGCCGACGGCAAGGUCCAGGUGCUCACCGCCAAGCUCUCCCAAGCUGAACAGAAAAUGGAAAAGGAACUUAAAGAACGUGACGACAAAUAUGUUGAGCUGGACACUAAGUUCCAGAGGCUUCACAAGCGUGCAAAACAACGUAUACAAGAUAUACAAAAGGAAAAAGAUGAUCUGGAAGCUCGAUUUAAUGAAGUCAAUCAGAAGGCUGAGCAGGCUGCUUCUUUGCAAUUAGCGGCACAACAGGAACUGGAACGUGCUCGUCAACAGGCUAGUGAGGCCUUACGGUCAAUGGAUGUUGAAAGGCAGCAGUUGCGGACAGUGAACAACAAGUUGAGAGCUAACCUCGAUGAGACACGUCUCGCCUUGGAGGCCAGAAACAAUUCCCUUGAGAAACUGCAACAAUCAGUGCUUGAAAAAGAGCAGUUGCUAGAGAAAGUUCAAGGAUCCCUUCAAUCUGCUGAAGAUAAGAGGAUGGCAAUAAUUUCAGAGCUCACUGCUAAGCAUCAGAAGCAAUUAGAAAGCUUGCAGGCACAGCUAGCUGAAGUUUCUGCAGAAAGGAUGAAGGCAUCUGAAACCAUACAGUCUCUACAGGCAGUGCUAACAGAGAAAGACUCAGAAAUAGCUGAAAUCGAAGCAGCAUCAACGGGUGAAGCUGCCCGGCUUAGAGCUUCUCUGGAGGAGGUUAAAGGAGAGCUUGCUCAUCUAAAAGAUGAACAUGAAAAAGAAAGGCAAAGCUGGGAGGCAACUUGUGAAUCUCUUAGGUCAAAGCUGGAAGCAUCAGAAAAUACAUGCCUUAAAUCUGAAAUAGAAUCUGCCAAAGUUAAAAGUCAAUUGGAGUUAGAGUUGUCAACACAAAAUCAGUUGUUACAAACCAAAGAUUCUGAUCUAAUGGCAGCGAAACAAGAGAUUAGUCGAUUGGAAAGUGAAUUUUCUGCGUACAAGGUCCGGGCACAUGCACUUCUACAAAAGAAGGAUGCUGAGCUUAACGCAGCUAAAAGUUCAGAUUUGGUUAAAGAACAUGAAGAGGCAAUAAGGGAAGCCGAAAAGGAGGUGGCAGUUGCUUUAGCAGAACGAGAUAAAGCAAUCCAUGAUCUUCAAGAAGCGCAAUCCAGACAUUGCGAUGAGAUUGAGGCAAGAGAUAUUGCUCUUGCUGAUGCUGAGAAAAAGCUAAAGAAUGUAAUGAAGAAGUUAGAUUCUGUUUCUUCUAAUUUCAUCACAGAAAAAGAAUCGUGGGAGAAAAACAUGGCAAGUGUAGAGGAAAACUGGAGAUUGAAAUGCGAGUCUUUGAAAGCUCAAAGCAAUGGCCAUGUUGACGAUGAACUUCAAAAGAAUUUAGGGGAGUUGACACUAAAAUACGAGAAAUUGAAGGAAGAGCAUCAAUCAUUCCGUGAUAUCGCUGAUAGAAUGAUUGAAGACAAGGAACAAGAGAUAGCUAAACUACUCAAGGAAAACAGGGAUCUUCACCGUUCUUUAGAGGCUAAACCACCAGUUAGCAACAAUUAUUGCCAAAAUCAAGGACCCGUCAAGGAUACAAUGAGUGUUGAAUUGGCUGAGCAGCAAAUUCUGCUUCUUGCACGGCAACAAGCACAACGAGAAGAAGAAUUGGCUCAGUCACAGAGGCAUAUCUUAGCGCUUCAACAAGAAAUUGAGGAGCUCGAGCGUGAAAACCGUCUUCAUGAUCAACAGGAAGCAAUGUUGAAAACCGAGCUUCGCAAUAUGGAGAGAUCACAAAAGCGAGAAGGAAUAGAUAUGACAUAUCUCAAGAAUGUGAUUCUAAAGCUUCUUGAAACAGGGGAAGUGGGGGCCUUGCUGCCUGUGGUUGCGACAUUACUACAAUUCAGUCCUGACGAGCUCAAGAAGUGCCAGCAAGGUGUCUUCUCAAGUGUGGCUUCUUCACAAGCUGCUGCGUUGUCAGAUGGUACAACCACACCGAAUUCAUUCUUUUCUAGAUUCUCGUUCUAGCGGAGUUAAGUGGCAUUGCUUUCGAAGAUUUCACACAGUCAAGCCUGGGUAGAGGAUGUUCUGAGCCUGAGAUCCACAGUUUUGCUGAUUGUAGAUGACGUUCAUUCAUUUAUUAUUUCCAGGCGUCACCACCCCUUGUCACCUUUUGUAGAAGUAGUGUGUAUAGAGGUAUAAGUACUUUGUUCCACAGCAAGCCAACAUAAGAAUGUAAUGAAGGAUAAAUUGUAUACUCAGGUUAGGUUGUUGGGGCGAGUGGUUUAUAGACUGCUGUGUAAGUUUUUAUUGAACAGUAUGAGGAUCCAGGAACUAUUUGACUUUGGACUGUUGAGUUUUGUCGUUUGAGCCUCA